GGACCGCGGCGGGUUAAGCGCCGCCCGCGCCGAGAGGGCUGAAUCCGGAGCCGCCGCUCCGAGCUCGCAUUCGGAUCCGCUAGAGCAGGAAGAUGGCGACGGACGGCGCGAGCUGCGAGCCCGACGCGUCCCGCGCCCCGGAGGAAGCGGCGGGGGCCACGGCGGAGGCGGCGAGAAAAGAGUUUGAUGUGGACACCCUCAGUAAGUCAGAGCUGCGGAUGCUCCUCAGCGUGAUGGAAGGGGAGCUGGAAGCCAGAGACCUCGUCAUCGAGGCCCUGCGGGCUCGCAGGAAGGAGGUAUUUAUCCAGGAACGGUAUGGGAGAUUCAAUCUAAAUGACCCAUUCUUGGCACUCCAGAGAGACUAUGAAGCAGGUGUGGGUGACAAAGAGAAGAAGCCAGUUUGUACCAACCCCCUCUCUAUCCUUGAAGCAGUCAUGGCCCACUGCAGAAAAAUGCAAGAAAGGAUGUCCACACAGCUGGCUGCCGCCGAGAGCAGACAAAAGAAGCUGGAAAUGGAAAAGCUUCAGCUACAAGCCCUGGAGCAAGAGCACAAGAAGCUGGCUGCCCGCCUGGAGGAGGAGCGGGGCAAGAACAAGCAGGUGGUCCUCAUGCUGGUGAAGGAGUGCAAACAGCUCUCGGGCAAAGUCAUCGAGGAGGCCCAGAAGCUGGAGGAAGUCAUGGCCAAACUGGAAGAGGAGAAGAAAAAGACGAAUGAAUUAGAAGAGGCAGUCUCCGCCGAGAAACGGAGAAGCACAGAGAUGGAAGCUCAGAUGGAAAAACAGCUCUCGGAGUUUGAUACCGAACGGGAGCAGCUUCGUGCCAAGCUGAACCGAGAAGAGGCGCACACCACUGACCUCAAAGAGGAGAUAGACAAGAUGAAGAAGAUGAUUGAGCAGCUGAAAAGGGGAAGUGACAGCAAACCAAGCCUCUCUCUCCCACGCAAGACAAAAGACAGGCGUUCGGUUUCCGUAUCUGUGGGAACAGAAGGGCCUCCAACGAGGUCUGUUGCUUGCCAGACAGACCUGGCGCUAGAAAGCGCUGAGCACGCGAAGAAGUCACCCUUGACGGUCCCCGCCAAGCCUUCCCCGGGGGGCGCGAAAGGGGGCGUGGGCGCCAGCGCCGCGCCGGUCAGACCGGGGAUUGACAGGCAGGCUUCCCACGGGGACUUGCUCGGCGCCUCUCCGCCCGCGCUCCCGCCUGCCAGUGCGAGCAGAACCGAGGAGAACGGCCCGAGCCCGGGCUCCGCGCCGGAUCUAGCGAGCAGCGCCGCGCAGAGCCCGGCUGCGGCCCCACACGGCCCCCCGCCCGCGCUCGGGUCGCCGUCGCCCUGCGCAGGGGCGCCCCCGCACCCCGGCCUGAAUCCGCGCGUCCAGGCAGCUCGAUUUCGAUUUCAGGCCAAUGCGAAUGACCCAGACCAAAACGGAAAUACGACCCAGAGCCCUCCAUCGAGAGACGUCUCUCCGACGAGUCGUGACAACCUAGUGGCCAAGCAACUAGCUCGCAAUACCGUGACCCAAGCACUGUCGAGAUUUACAAGCCCUCACGUGGGUGCCGCCCCAAGGCCCGGAGCGUCCCCCACGGGGGACGCUGGCGCCCACCCUCCGGUCGGCCGGACCAGUUUAAAGACUCCCGGUGUAGCUCGAGUCGACAGAGGAAAUCCUCCUCCUAUCCCUCCAAAAAAGCCAGGGCUCUCCCAAACUCCUUCUCCACCACACCCCCAACUCAAGGUUAUUAUGGAUAGCAGCAGGGCCUCCAACGCAGGGGCCAAAGUUGAUAACAAAACUGUGGCUUCGCCUCCUUCCAGUGUGCCACAAGGGAACAGGGUAAUAAGUGAGGAGAACCUCCCUAAAUCAUCCUCCCCUCAGCUGCCACCAAAACCGUCCAUAGAUUUAACUGUGGCACCUGCAGGCUGUGCUGUCUCAGCCCUGGCCACGUCUCAGGUGGGUGCCUGGCCUGCUGAACCCCCUGGACUGAACCAACCUGCAUGUUCAGACAGUCCCCUUGUCAUUCCUACCACCACUGCCUUUCGCUCUUCCAUAAACCCCGUUAGUGCCUCAUCCUGUAGACCAGGUGCCUCAGACAGCCUCCUGGUAACAGCAUCAGGCUGGUCACCCUCCCUAACCCCUUUGCUAAUGAGUGGUGGUCCUGCCCCCCUGGCUGGCAGGCCCACCCUUCUUCAGCAAGCUGCUGCCCAGGGAAAUGUCACUUUAUUAUCAAUGCUGCUUAAUGAAGAAGGACUGGACAUUAAUUACUCCUGUGAAGAUGGCCAUUCUGCCUUGUAUUCUGCUGCUAAGAAUGGACAUACAGACUGUGUGAGAUUGCUGCUGAAUGCAGAAGCCCAAGUCAAUGCUGCUGAUAAAAAUGGCUUCACACCCUUGUGUGCUGCAGCUGCUCAGGGACAUUUCGAGUGUGUAGAAUUAUUAAUUGCAUAUGAUGCUCACAUUAAUCAUGCUGCUGAUGGAGGACAGACACCUCUAUACCUGGCCUGUAAAAAUGGAAAUAAAGAAUGUAUUAAACUCUUGUUGGAAGCUGGAACUGACCGAAGUGUAAAAACCAGAGAUGGCUGGACACCAGUUCAUGCAGCUGUGGACACUGGUAAUGUGGACAGCCUCAAGCUUCUGAUGUACCACAGAGUACCAGCUCGUGGGAACACUUUGAAUGAGGAGGAGCCCGAGUCAGAUGCCUCUGACUUGGAUGAAGGAGAAGAGAGUUCUGAAGGCAAAUCCAAGCCUGUUGUUCCUGCGGACCUCAUUAACCACGCUGACAGAGAAGGCUGGACUGCUGCCCAUAUUGCUGCUUCCAAAGGUUUUAAGAACUGCCUAGAAAUCUUGUGUAGGCACAGAGGGCUUGAGCCAGAAAGGAGAGACAAGUGCAAUCGGACUGUGCAUGAUGUUGCCACUGAUGACUGCAAACAUUUGCUGGAGAAUCUGAAUGCUCUUAAAAUACCCUUAAGGAUUUCAGUGGAUGAGAUUCAACCAGGCAACUAUGGUUCCAAUGACUUUGAAUGCGAAAACACAAUAUGUGCUUUACAUAUCCGCAAACAGACAUCAUGGGAUGAUUUUUCAAAAGCAGUGAGUCAAGCUCUGACAAAUCAUUUCCAAGCAAUCUCUUCUGAUGGAUGGUGGAGUCUGGAAGACAUGGCAUUUAAUAACACCGCUGACUCUGACAUCGGCCUCAGCGCGAGCAGUGUGCGAGCCAUCAUGCUAGGAAGUAUGCCAUGGUCGGCCGGUCAGAGCUUCGCCCAGUCCCCGUGGGACUUCAUGAGGAAGACUAAGGCAGAGCAGGUCACCGUGCUUUUGUCAGGUCCUCAAGAUGGCUGCCUCAGUAGUGUGACGUACGCGUCCAUGAUCCCCCUUCAGAUGCUGCAGAACUACCUCAGGCUGGUUGAACAAUAUCAUAAUGUCAUUUUCCAUGGCCCAGAAGGAAGCUUGCAAGACUACAUAGUACAUCAGCUUGCACUCUGCCUGAAGCACAGACAAAUGGCUGCAGGAUUCUCCUGUGAAAUAGUGAGCGCUGAAGUAGACGCUGGUUUCUCCAAGGAACAGCUAGUGGACCUGUUCAUCAGUAGUGCUUGUCUGAUCCCAGUGAAACAAUCUCCUGUUAAGAAGAAAAUCAUCAUCAUCCUAGAGAAUUUGGAAAAAUCUUCAUUGUCUGAGUUAUUGGGGGACUUUUUGGCACCUCUUGAAAUUCGCAGCACUGAAAGCCCCUGUACUUUCCAGAAAGGAAACGGAAUGUCUGAAUGUUACUACUUUCACGAGAACUGCUUUCUGAUGGGAACCAUUGCCAAGGCCUGUCUGCAGGGCUCCGACUUGCUGGUGCAGCAGCAUUUCCGCUGGGUGCAGCUGCGGUGGGAUGGCGAGCCCAUGCACGGACUGCUGCAGAGGUUCCUCAGGAGGAAGCUUGUAAACAAGUUCAGAGGUCAGGUGCCCUCCCCCUGUGAUCCUGUGUGCAAGACCAUCGCCUGGGCUCUGUCUGUCUGGCGUCAGCUCAACUCCUGCCUGGCCCGCUUGGGCACACCUGAAGCACUUCUUGGGCCGAAGUAUUUCCUGUCUUGUCCUGUCGUCCCAGGACACGCCCAAGCAACGGUGAAGUGGAUGUCUAAGCUGUGGAAUGCAGUCAUCGCACCCAGAGUUCAAGAAGCAAUAUUGUCAAGAGCCUCUGUGAAAAGACAGCCUGGCUUUGGGCAGACAACCACUAAAAAACACCCUAGCCAAGGACAGCAGGCUGUGGUUAAAGCUGCUCUCAGCAUCUUGCUUAAUAAAGCUGUGCUACAUGGCUGUCCCCUCCCCAGAGCAGAGCUUGACCAGCAUACAGCCGAUUUCAAAGGAGGAAGUUUUCCUUUAUCGUUGGUUUCAAAUUAUAACAGUUGUAGCAAGAAGAAAGAGAGUGGUGCCUGGAGAAAGGUGAACACCAGUCCUCGCAGGAAAUCUGGCCGUUUCUCUGCCCCCACCUGGAAUAAGCCAGACCUGAGCAACGAAGGUAUAAAAAAUAAGACUAUAUCACAGCUGAAUUGUAACAAGAAUGCUUCUCUGUCAAAACAAAAGUCUUUAGAGAAUGAUCUCUCAUUGAUGCUGAAUUUGGAUCAGAGCCUCUCUCUGGGUUCGGAUGAUGAAGCAGACCUUGUCAGGGAACUGCAGAGUAUGUGCUCCAGCAAGUCGGAGUCUGACAUAAGCAAGAUUGCUGAUUCCAGGGAUGAUUUAAGGACGUUUGAUAGUUCAGGAAACAACCCUGCAUUUUCAGCAAUGGCUAAUAAUCCAAGAAUGCCAGUGUCACAAAAGGAGGUCAGUCCUCUCAGCAGCCACCAAACUACCGAAUGCAGCAACAAUAAAUCAAAGACUGAGCCGGGUGUUUCAAGAGUUAAAUCUUUUCUUCCUGUUCCUAGAAGUAAAGUCACCCAGUGUUCCCAGAACACCAAAAGAAGCAGCAGCAGCAGUAAUACAAGGCAAACAGAAAUCAACAACAACUCAAAAGAAGAGAAUUGGAACUUACACAAAAAUGAACACAUAGAAAAACUCAACAAAUAGGCCUGCCUACGAUAUUGUCACUAUUAACUUCUGUGUAUGUCACACAGAAAUCACGGACAACAAGAUACCAAUUCCUUUAAAUGAAUAAAAUGUUUUCACUGUAAUAUAAAGUAUGAGUGCGGGACCACUAUUCAAUUUUUGUAAAGAAUGUAUUUAUAACCAACAUUUUUGUUGCUUUUUUUUUUUUAAUUCUGUAGGAUUGAACUUCAAUACCAAGAAGUUAUGCCAACUUUUCAAGUAGUUUUAUAAUAGAAAAAUUGUAAUAAUCAACAUGUUCAGGGGUAAUAAAUCAGAACUGUCCAUGUACUGUAUAUGUAUAUAUAUGUACAAAUAUAUGUAUAUUUAAGGAUGUCCACAAAUCAUAUUGCAUACAUGUUAUAAAAUGUGUACAACAUUGGCUUAAAUAACAUUUUCCAUUUUAAAAUGGAGAUCAUAAUUUUCUGUUCAUUUGAUGGGGAAUGACUAGAAUGGGGCAAUAACAAAUCAUUUCUAAACAGUUAUUUUCCAUUAAAAGCCAUAUUAAGUAUUUUGCCUGUUAAAUUCUAGUUUUACGUUUUAAAUCUUUUAGUGGUUACAUUGUCAUUUGGUUGCAUCAUGUAUAUAUUUAUGCUUAUGAGUUUGCAUUAUGAGUCCUGUAAAAUAUGAAAUUAUAAUGCAAUAAAAGUGUUAUCUUUCUUACAAAAGUUUUGUACUUAAGUGGAUAUUUAAAAAUACCUGUAUAAAUGCUUCAACAAAUACAAAGUUAAUUCCCUCUUCAAUGUUAUUUCUAGUAGCAGAACUGAUAAUAAAAUUGAUAUUUUUUAGAAGUGUUUCUUCUAAAAUUACUGAUGAAAUUACUUAUACAAUUCACAGUUAAAAUGCUUUGACACCAAAUAAAAUACUGAUUU